AUGACCAUGGAAAAUAUAUCUGUAGUGACAUCAUUCAUAUUGGUUGCAUACACUGACAUGGAAGAUCUAAGAUAUGUAUACUUCGUAGUUUUUCUUCUGUUGUACCUGCUGAUAUUAUUUGUCAAUUUAGUUCUCAUUGUAGUAAUCUACAUUGAAAGAGGCCUGCAUGAACCCAUGUAUUUCUUCAUGUUUAACUUAGCAGUGAAUGGAAUAUAUGGUAGUACAUCCUUAAUGCCAUCACUAUUGAAAAAUUUACUGUCUCAUACUUAUGAAAUAUCUUUGUCCUGUUGCCUCCUACAGAUCUUUUGUUUACAUACAUAUGGUUCAGUUGAAUUUACUAUUUUAGCAGUGAUGGGCUAUGACCGCUAUGUUGCCAUUUGUUACCCUUUACACUAUCACCUCAUUGUGUCUCCCAGAAAGAUCUAUGCACUAAUUGCAUUUUCUUGGAUUUAUCCCUGUCUCUGUUUUGGCCUUUAUUUUAUAAUGACUGUACAGCGUACAUUUUGUGACAGGUUCAUCGACAAAGUUUAUUGUAACAAUUUUGGAUUAGUCAGACUGUCUUGUCUUGAUACAACCAUUCAAAGCAUUGUUGGAUUGGCAGCAAUUGGACUUUUAAUUGCACCUCAGAUUCUCAUGAUACUUUUUUCCUAUGCCCAAAUUCUGAGAAUCUGCCUCCGUGCUUCUAAGGAAUCUCAGAUCAAAGCCAUUCAAACAUGCACCCCACACUUAUUGGCUGUAAUAAACUACUCUGUGGGAUGCUUAUUUGAAAUUAUCCAAACUCGGUUUAACAUGAAUCAUGUACCUUCUGAAGUUCGCAUAUUCAUGUCUCUUUACUUUCUGAUAUUUCCUCCCAUGUUGAACAGUACCAUUUAUGGAAUUAGCAUUCAAGCAAUAAGACUUCCAAUUUUAAAACUGUUCAGCAGAAGGAAAAAUAAGUCAAGUCCACUACAGUAA